GCUACGACGUGGAACGGGACGUGUUUGGUUAUUCGACAGUCUCCAACAGCGCUGAAGGUAUUUUAAAGGAAAAUUUCAUUACUUGACCAGACGCCUCCGUCCUUCCAUUAUGUUCUGCAGGAGCAUUAGUUGGCUAAUUUGCUGUUUUGUGGCAGUAGUCGUAGCUGCUGACCACACUGGCCGAGAUUCCACUGAAGGAUCCGGUGCAGAAGUCACAGUCUCACCGUUAAGAAACGACAAUCGAGAUUCGUCCACAAUGAAACAAGACCAGAAGGCUGAGGAAACCGCAGCCGAAGGCCAGCCCGGACUGCUGCACGCCGGGCCCGACGCCGCGGUGACGCUGGUGGCCGGCGGGACUCGCCUCGCGGCGCACACGGCCGUCCUGGCCGCCAGGAGCCCCGUCUUCGCAGACACCUUCCGCCGCUUCUCCCUGCAGGCCACCGGAGGCCGGGUCGCGGUCUCUGGCGUGCAGGGCCCGGUCCUGCGCCAGCUGCUGGCCUACGUGUACACGGUGCCCGGCACGGCCCAGCAGCUGCUGGCAGCGGCUGAUAAGUUCGGCCUGCCGGGCCUGAGGGCGCAGUGCGAGCAGCAAGUGGCCGCCGAGCUGUCCGUCGAGACUGCAGCCGCCACUGCGGUUCUCGCGAUCAGCAACUCCUACGUCAUCCUGAGGCAGGCCACCGUCGACUUCAUAAAGGCCCACGCCGCCCAGGUGAUGGCGACACGGGGCUGGUCUGACGCGUGGCGCUCCCAUCCCAAUGUUAUGGACGAGCUGACUAGCCUGCUGCCGAAGCCAGCAGUAGAAACCAGGAGCCUUACUGCAGAGGAAAAGGGCGGGAGGCUGAUCGAGGCCGCUAAGGAAGGGGCAAUGGAGGAGCUGCGGGCACUGCUGGCGGCAGGAGCCGACGUGAGGGCGAGGGACAUGUUCUUCGGCAACAUGACUGCCCUGCACAAGGCAGCGUGGAGGGGGCAAGUCGAAGCAGCGAGGUGUCUGUUGGGUGCUGCGGCAGACAUCGACGCCAGGCACCGUGACCAGAACACGCCGCUCCACCUUGCUGCUUGGCACGGCCAGCCGGCUAUGGUGCGGCUUCUGGUGGAGUCCCAUGCACACCCCGACGCCAGGAAAAGUAACUGGUGGACACCGCUGCACUACGCGGCAAUGAACGGCCAGACGGAGGCGGCAGUUGCGCUGCUGGAGGCGGGGGCCGACAGGGAGGCCACGGACCAGAAUGGGCGCACUCCACUGGACUUCAGCAGAGAAAAUAAACACCAGCAACUUAUAGCCUUGCUAACUCAAAGGUAGCAGUUGCACAGAUAUCUCUGGCGUAAAGCGAAAGCGACACUUUGCUGAAUGUAGCUUCGUUAUUUUUAAAAUAAACGACAUAAAAAAGUGAAUCUUGCAGACAUUCUGCAUAUUUAAGUGUUAUGUGUAACUAUUCUAGUAACAUUACAGCAUGGGAUGUAUCUGUAAACUAAUGUAAGUAACAACAGGCACACUCCCUUUUGUCGUGAGAAAUGUCAAUGAAGAUAAACUCCAU